AAUGCGAUCGGCGGGCCUGAGGGGAACACAGAGCCGAGAAUGGUUUGAGCGUAUGUGAGGUGAGGUCAAUUUGCUUCAUCGAAGGAUGCAGAAAUGAGAGAGUGAGCGCGGGGUGAGGAUCAGAAAGAGGGAGAAGGAAGACUGAGAGAGUGAUGAUGAUGAUGGAGGGGCAUAAUGCAUGGAGGGGUAAUGACCGAAUCAUAAGCACAAAAUCGAGACUACGAUUCACGACAAUUUGGGCGUCCAGUACAGUAUCAUCGAUGAGAACGAGGGCCAGAAAAGACGCAGUUCGUAUGCCGCACUUACUUGGUCGUUUUCGUGAUCAUGCUUCGUUUCUUUCUCCCUCGAAUAAAGUUACCCUGGGUCUCGCUAUGCUGCUGCUACUGACUCGGAGAAGCCACCGAAUAAUCGAUUCGUUAUCUCAACAGCGUCGUCUACUGGACGUACGGAGUCUGAAGAAAAGUAUGGCGAUUCUCAUUUACCCACCUCGGUCUUAUUUGUUCCUGUUGAUCCAUCCUGUUCCUCGCCUUCUCGCCUCCCCUUAAAACCUUUCGAUCAAUCACAAGCCGACGUUGGCCCGUUUACCCUCCACCCGCCGCAAUCUAGAAUGGACUCAAAGAUAUCGUGAAGCAUCCAAAAAAUA